UGGAUUCAAGCGGGGCGCUGGGAGCAGUUGUGGCGCCUCCCCUAGUCAACAUCGACGAUCGUGGCUAGUGUGCGGUGGCAGCUCCGCCCGUCGAGCUUCUCGCGUGUCUUUUGACGUGAGAGGUGAGAAAGUGAGAAGGAUUGGUGGGAGACACAGCGUUUUUCCCCCCAAGCGUCGGCGGAUGAGGAGACGAGAGGAGAGCCCGCUUCUUCUCCCAUCUUCUGCUGCACUUCAUUCACAUGGCCCAGCCCAGCCCAGCAAGGGAUUACAUGUAGUAAUGUACAUGUAGUUCGGAAAGAAGGCCACGGCCAACCCUGCAAUCGUCACUGGCCCCCACAUACCUACGGAAAGUGCUCCUAAACAGACAUUUGCCACACCACCACCAUCACCACCACCACCACCAAUAGCCAUCAACACAGGCUUGCAAAACUGCCUACGCAUUCUUGGAGCGUCUCUAACACUCACUUACCUGCAUUCACAAAAGGCUCGACCUGCAGUCUGGGCUUUUAGGCCUCCUUCUGACGCGGUCGCAGCCAGUUCGCUUUGACUGCUUCAAACAACGACAUCUGCCUACCUUUGCCGCAAACGCAAUGCCACCCAGUGAAGAGAUUUCUGGGGCGUACAGCCACACCAUUUCGCCAUACGCAGAUGUGGCGUUUGAGCCAUCCGCAGCCUUCAUGUUCGACGAGGCUGGAGAUGAGGAAUUCCCGGAUAUGGAGCGCAAUCUGGUCUCCCUCAAUGCGUUCAACGCGACUCAUGGCCGAACACAGCAUUUCGAUAUGCUCGAUGGUGACAAGUAAGUGCAACUGCAACCAGUGUCGAGACACCUUCCAUGUUGACUGUUGCAGCAAUUCUUCCCAAAUGCCAUGCGCAGAGCUCGACCACUCCAUAUUCCUCGAUCCAACCCUCGGGCAAUCACCAGCAUCGACGCCAUGGAUGCAAGAGCAGCCACGGCAGGACUUCCACUUGCAGGUUUCGCAAGCAGAAAUCUUAGCUGGUCGCGCUUCCAGCGUUUCGCAGCAGCAUGGGCAGAUCACACCACCCGACGACAACUCGCCCACCGUGUCUGGGAACGCUUCCCACCAGCCCCCUCAACGUGUAUCGGGCGGCGCGCCGCCGAUGAAUGCCAAGUCAGAACGAGCCCGCAAUGCAGCCAACCAGCGUCAUGCGAAAGCCAAGAAGGCGAGGAAGGAUAGCGUGCAGAGUCGCAAGCUGGAUAGUCCGAUUGAUGAGGAGGGCGAAGAGGUGGAUGGAAAGCGCGAGAAGUAUCGAGAGAAGAAUCGGGUCGCGGCAUCAAAGUGUCGAGCGAAGAAAAAGAUGCACACCGAAGACCUGGAAGAGUCAGCUCGACAAAUCAUGGCAACCAAUAGCAAACUGAGAGCCGAGGAGCGGGAGCUUCGAGACGUCUUCUCGAGUCUCCGUCACCUGGCUCUUUCCCACGAUUCCACCCAGGGCUGCAAAUGCUCGGCCAUACACAUGUACAACAACCACAAGGCCAACGAGGCGGCGAGGACAGCGGCCAUGGGCCUGAUCGGCAUGGGUGUGUCCUUCCAGAACAACCCGUCUCCAUCGACGGAAAGUGACAUGUCAAACCUCAACUCUCCUCAAUUCGGUCCAGAAUCCAGGGCACAAUCAUUCUCGACAAGCAGGCCAAGAUCCUUGGCUCAACACGGCAGAGACCAGCCGAUGGGCGAGCAGGUCGGAUACCUAGUACCUGGCACAGUUUCUGAGCCGCGAAGGCAGUCGCAGUCGGCUCAGCAUGUGGGUGUCCUAGACGCAGCUGGAGAUUGCGCUCUUGGUCCCACGAACGAGACCGAAGACCACAGCAUGGAACUGUGCUGAUGAUGUUGACGGCGUACAGUGCUGAGGUACCAGUUGCAGCGGAAGUGCGGUGACGAAGAAGCCGGUUUGAGCAGGAUUGCAUUGAGAUACGGGAGCAUGCUCCAGAUUAUGAUUCAUGAGUAUACGGCCAAUUCUGCGCAGCCAGCAGAAUAAAUAUGCGGCCUUUUUGCGAAUAAUUGAAGAUCAGUCAUCAGAUCUGGCGGUGAUAUAACCUUGGUCAUAGAUAUGCUUUUGAAUGACCUUGAGGCGAUGGAGCAGAACAGUGCAGUCUUUUUCCUAUUGCAAUGGGUAUCGCGGUGGAAGUCUUGCAUCAUGAAGGGUGGCGACCAUAGCUCAGAGGGCUCAGAAAGGGAAAUCCGCCCGAUUGCAGUCUGGAGAUCCAUGGGUUCCCCAGGAAGUGUUUUGGCAAAUCCGUCGCAGCCGGGCAGGCCAUCGGACAUUCAGUGGCGGCACAAUGCCGAGCGAAGCUGAACCUCGUGAUUCUUCGAAGUCAUUCUGUGGCUGCAAGGUCUGCCUCUGAUGUGGACUUGUGCGCGAGUGGGCCCGAUCGUUGUCGUUUUUCUGUGACCGGUUGGCGGCGCGGGGAGACUGCAACAGUUAUCAACUACAUCUUUGCGCAUCGUCAGCUAUAUUGAUAUAUGUUAUCAGACUUACGUUGUUGUUACAGCUCGAUUAGUCGUACACAGCCAUGGUCGAGUUUGGAUCUAGUGUCACCUCCCGCUGCAAGUGUAAAGAGCCACGAAAGAGGCAAACGCUGGCGAUGAUGCAAGUUGACUUUUAUUGAUUGCGAGGUCGCUCUGAUUGAUUGAUCGAUCAUGAUGUUGCAAUGCAAGGCUGGUUGUGCUCGUGCAAUUUCUGCUGGUGAUUUGGUGUCACUCAACUCUCACACACACACCAGGAUUCUCCGAGUGCCGUCAGAUGCGACCGACGACGCACUCGAAAUAGCCCAAGCGAGCUACGCGAUACGGGCGGUGUCGCAAGUCGUCGUGAGCCAUGGUCGUAGAGGCGAUAGGAUCGAAGUGGGGAUCUUCGAUGGUCGUUCUGGGAGGCCAUGUUUCACCGCAUACGGCAUCUUCGUCCAUGGUCGCGAUUCUUGUCAUGUUGAUGUCGAGGAGAAAAGAGAGAGAUAGAGAUAGG